AUCUACUCCCUCCUGGAUACAGACUGCUACCCUCGCUUCCUCCAGUCCACCAUCUACCUCACCCUGCUGGGCCAGGCUGACUAGACACUAAGGGCUCCAUUCAAUCUGUAUUCGUGGAAGUUCAGCACUAUCGCCUCGAUUGAAAUGCAUAGGCAAAUGUGCCUGCGUUUCGUGGAGACUACAUUCACGUUAAUAUGAUGGCUCGAUCUGAAAUUACCUUUACACUUCAAUCACGCCGUCGCGUUGAAUUUCUGCAAUACGAAUUGAAUGAAGACCUAAGGCUGCGUCCCUAUUCUCCACUCUCCACCCUUCUCCUAAAGUGUACACUAUCUCACAUGGAUUUAACAAUGGUGGAAAGGAAACUCCAAUCCAGUGCUUUUGAAAUCUAUGAUGGGUGUGUAAGUGCUUACUGGGAAAGGGUGGAAAACUGAGACCUAUCUGUUGUGGAUAUGGGGUUGGACUGUUGCAGGAGAUGCAGUUACAUCAUGUAGAGUUGAAGACGGUUUGGGGUUUAGUCAUUCCAGUUAAUGAGCAGGGUUGUGUUCAUUUGGGCAUGGAACAGAAAAACUUGAAAUGAAAAUGAGAGUUCCUUAUUGGACAAGUCCAGGUAGUCCCUUUCUGUUUCAGUGCCUAAUGAACAUGACCCAGGGGGUUCUGUUAGGUUCUGUUCAGUUUUGCUUAGGGUGUGAAGAAGCUUGGGGAAGUGACAGCAGGGAAUGCCAUGGGGUUUGGAUUGAAGGAGCUUGCCAAUCGAUCAACAGAGGUUACGAGACAGGGACCUGUUUAUUCCAUGACUUAGUGAGUGCGAAACUGCCGAUAUCAUUGUUUGUAAACAUUAAACAUCCCUAUUUUUGUUGGCAUCAUUCGUAGCAGAGCAGCUAAGAAGCCGAUAGGUCACCCACGGUCCAAUGAGCACGUAUGGAAUUCCAACAGCGUGUACAAAGGAAAAACAAGUUGAGCAAGAUGCCGCACUAGUUGAAAAGGACAACGCAUUUUGUGAAACCCAAAGCAGUCCACACUGGUGGAGGAGGGUGGAGGAGGGUAGCCCGUACAAGGAAGUAACCUAUUUAAAGAUUGCCUACAGGAACUCUUUUUGAAAAAGGGAUUUAUUUCAAAGAUGUCACCUUAUAAUCCCUCAGAUCAGAUGGAUGGUUUUAUUAACAUAUCAAGACAGAUCAUUUGUCGCUAGAUAAUUCAAAAAUGGUAUUGCUUCCAAGUAAGCCAUCUUACAUUACAGACCUCUGGCAAACAAAGUCAGUGUUGGUUUGACGCCGUUCUUAUGUGACUGCAGAGUUCUGAACAGUGUAUGAAAACCAAGAGAGAAACCCAUUUCACUUCACGCUCCAUUGUACAUAUUUUUAAACAGUAAUCUGAAGAGAAUCCAACAGAUAAACAAAGAAUAUAGUAAUUUCUUUCAAGUGUAUAAUUUCUUUGUACCAUAGUUUUUGAAUGUGGUUUUGUCAAACUAUUUUAAAAGAUAAAUAAAAUAACACGUAGAUGUACAUAU